AUGGACUGCUACUGGGACGCAAGUCAGGACUUGAUCAACCCCGGCUGGGUCACCUGGGGUCACCAGACAGCCCUGCACCGGGCAGCUGUUGUGGGAAACCGUGAUGCCGUUUCUGCCCUCAUCCAUGGAGGAUGUGCUCUUGAUCUACAAGACAAGGAAGGAAACACGGCUUUGCAUGAGGUGUCAUGGCAUGGUUUCAGUGCAUGUGUGAAGCUACUGGUCAAAGCUGGAGCAGAUGUGAAUGUAAAGAACAAAGUUGGAAACUCUCCUCUACAUCUAGCCUGUCAGAACGGACAUUCCCAGACCGCUCGAGUGCUACUGCUUGGUGGACCCAUGCCUGACAGCAAAAACAAUGCAGGUGAAACAUGUUUACACUUUGCUGCUCGCUACAAUCACUUGGCCAUAAUUAAGAUCCUCUUGGGUUCUUUCUGCUCGGUGACAGAGAAAAACCAGACAGGAGACACUGCGCUUCAUGUCGCUGCUGCACUGAAUCACAAGAAAACGGUUAGUCUUUUGCUGGAAGCAGGAGCUGAUGCAAAUAUCAAAAACAAUACUGGACAAACUGCUCUUGAUAAAGCUCGAGACAAUAACAACAGAGAGCUGGCUAUUCUUCUAGCAAAAUCCAAUCAGCGAACACUUGUCAGAGGGCCCAUGGCGGCCAGCGAUGCCCCUGCAUAUGAUUAUCAUAACAUAACAGCUCAACCUAUGGUGAAGCACAAGCCUCUGUCUCGGACGCUGGCGACUGCUGACCUCCAGUGGCAGCGCUCAGAACUGCAGGAGGCUGAAAUCUCCAAGCACAGGUCAGACAAAGGUCAUGAACUCUGUGACAGCAGUGCCAGCAGCAGCCGCUCCACAUCCAGCAAAACCUUCAAUGACAGCGACAGCAUUUCUAGACCGGCUUGGAAACACAGCAAACACCUCAAAGACAGGAUUAAAGCCCACCGCGCACAAACCCAGCAGAGCACCACCGUCAACACCCUGGAAGUGUUUUCCCAGCGGCCCGCGGAGGCCACGUUUACUCAAGAGAGGGCAAACCUGCAUGCUGUGGAGGUGACGCAGCGCUUCUUCGAGACGGUGUCCACGCAGCUGGAGCGCUGGUAUGAGAGGAAGAUCCUGGAGGCGCAGAGAACAGCAGAACACAAAGCUUUGCAGGACAGAAGCAGACUGAUGGAGAAGAUCAGCUCGCUGGAGGAAGAGCUCCGGAGGCUUCGCACUGAUCACAGAACAAACACAUAA